UGUUUGUUUUUAGAAUAACAUGAAGAUUGCCAUUGAGAUAUAUACACGGCACCUUAUUCCGUAGCCAACCUUAGAGACUUACGUUCACAUUUGAUGGCAACAUGCUUGCGAGCAAGCCUAGUUUAUUGAGUGAAUCAGUAAGUACUAGUUCAGCGUGUUUAGGUGUCUGAAAUCGAAAUACUACGAAGUUAGUUAGACGAAUGCUAACGCGGUGCGGUAUUAUAGCUAGCUAUAAAUGAUAGAGACGAAUAGUUUAGAACUAUUACUAAGCUAUUACGUUUACGUUGCUAGCUAGAUUAGCGUGCUAACCUCAGUUUGCAUGACAAAUCAGCUGACGGAUCUUGAUGGACGCAAGAAGAAGGCUGAAGGCUGAAACCAACACACCAUAUGUUUUCUGUAAAGUCUAGCUAUGUCCUCCCGUGUCAAUGAAUGUGCUCCCCUACCUACGAGUGGACUACGGGGUUCCCGCACUAGGUCGUAUGGUAGUCUGGUUAAGUCUUCUCUUUCUCCACUUCGCCAAAGACGAAUUGAACAUCUAGUCCAACCAGGGGAGACAUUGCAAGGACUUUCCUUGAAAUAUGGAGUAUCUAUGGAAGACAUUAAAAGAGCAAAUAGGCUUUACACCAAUGACUCAAUAUUCUUAAAGACAUCUCUGUCUAUCCCAGUUUUUUUGGCACCUGACUCUUACAAUGAACAAGGUUUAGCUGAGGAGAAUUUAAACCAGGCAAAGGACACAAUUUGCAACUCCGACCAACAUUGGAAGCCAGUGAGAAACUCUAUAAAGGAGGAUUGCCUUGAAGAAGAACUUUCGCCAAUGGAUUUCUUGAAAAGGAUGGACAGUAGGAUCAACCAGUCUAAGCAGGCCGCUGUCAAAAAAUGUCUAGAAGGAGAAAAAAGAUUUGCCUCUCUGGAAGCAGCUUGUGCCAGCAGAGCACCAGAUCGCAGACUCACAAGGUCCCGGAGUGCAACUUCAGCUUCCAGAAUACACCAACAAGCAGUACUUGGGGCUGUGCCCCUAACUAUCACCAGAUGCUCUAAGAAACUAAGAGACCGGGAGGACGAGAUCUUUGAGUUGUGAUGCCAUUUCUCCUCUCCAACUAUGGGACUGAUAAAGCUAAUACAUAGGCUAGUCAAUGGGAUUGACCUCCAAGAUAAUCUGGCCUGACGGAUUUAGAGGAGUUGUUAUUUCCUGCAGAAGAAUCACCUCUUGUUCAAUGGGCUCCUUACUUGAAUGUGUGUCCAUGUUUUGUUGGGGUUAGGGUUAGCUGCUGUGCUAAACUGGAAUGUACUCCUCACCAGUUAGGGCUGCACAAGUUGUAACUGUGGUGAUAAUUUGUGAGUCACGAUUUUGGUAUUUGAGGAUUAAAUGAAUCUUGGUAUGAAG